UCACACACAGGUCUCCAGGGCAGCAGGGCUUUGCUGACUCUUUCUCAGUCAGAGGUCAGCCCUCUGCCAGACCUCCCUCACCUGGAGUGGACACCACAGACUGGAGCCAGAGCAUCCGACGGCAAGGGCGGGGCACAAAGGCCCUGUACUAAGCACCUGUAAUCCUCUGGGGGUGCCACCCCUGGAAACAGCGCCCCCACCAUGUUUAACCUCAUGAAGAAAGACAAGGACAAAGAUGGCGGGCGGAAGGAGAAGAAGGAAAAGAAGGAGAAGAAGGAGCGGAUGUCGGCGGCGGAGCUGCGGAGCCUGGAAGAGAUGAGCCUGCGUCGCGGCUUCUUCAACCUGAACCGCUCCUCCAAGCGCGACUCCAGAACGCGCCUGGAGAUCUCCAACCCCAUCCCCAUCAAGGUGGCCAGCGGCUCCGACCUGCACCUGACGGACAUCGAUUCGGACAGCAACAGGGGCAGCGUCGUCCUGGACUCGGGCCACCUGAGCACAGCCAGCUCCAGCGACGACCUCAAGGGCGAGGAAGGCGGCGGGCGGGGUUCGGUGCUGCAGCGGGCGGCCAAGUUCGGCUCCCUGGCCAAGCAGAACUCGCAGAUGAUCGCCAAGCGCUUCUCCUUCUCCCAGCGCAGUCGGGACGAGAGCACGUCGGAAACCUCCACCCCCUCGGAGCACUCUGCCGCCCCAUCUCCGCAGGUAGAGGUGAGGACCCUGGAGGGACAGCUGACGCAGCAUCCCGGCCCUGGCAUCCCUCGAUCAGGACCUCGGUCCCGAGCCCCGGAGCUGGUGACCAAGAGGUUUCCGGCUGACCUGCGUUUGCCCCCGGUGCUGCCCCCGCCACCCCCUGCCCUCCGGGAACUGGAACUGCUGCGAAGGCCCACCGGGGACUUCGGCUUCUCCCUGCGGCGCACCACCAUGCUUGAUCGCGGGCCCGAAGGCCAGGUCUACCGGCGGGUGGUUCACUUUGCGGAGCCCGGUGCGGGCACCAAGGACCUGGCCCUGGGGCUGGUGCCCGGUGACCGUCUGGUGGAGAUCAAUGGACUCAAGGUGGAGAACAAGUCCAGGGAUGAGAUUGUGGAGAUGAUCCGGCAGUCUGGGGACAGCGUGCGGCUCAAGGUGCAGCCUAUCCCAGAGCUCAGCGAACUCAGCCAGAGCUGGCUGCAGAGUGUGGAGGGACUCCGCAGGGAGCCAGCCCAUGUGAAGACAGAAGAGCAGAUUGCAGCUGAGGAGGCCUGGUAUGAGACAGAGAAGGUGUGGCUCGUCCAUAAGGAUGGCUUCUCGCUGGCCACUCAGCUCAAAUCCAAGGAGCUCAGCCUGCCUGAGGGGAAGUUGCGUGUGAAGCUUGACCACGACGGGGCUGUCCUGGACGUGGAUGAGGAUGACGUGGAGAAGGCCAAUGCUCCCUCCUGCGACCGUCUGGAGGAUCUGGCCUCGCUGGUGUACCUCAACGAGUCUAGUGUCCUGCACACGCUGCGCCAGCGCUACGGUGCCAGCCUGCUGCACACGUACGCCGGCCCCAGCCUGCUGGUCCUCAGUCCCCGAGGGGCCCCGGCCGUGUACUCGGAGAAGGUGAUGCAGAUGUUCAAGGGAUGUCGGCGGGAGGACAUGGCCCCCCACAUCUACGCAGUAGCCCAGACCGCCUACAGGGCGAUGCUCAUGAGCCGUCAGGACCAGUCUAUCAUCCUCCUGGGCAGCAGUGGCAGUGGCAAGACCACCAGCUGCCAGCAUCUGGUGCAAUAUUUGGCCACCAUCGCAGGCACCAGCGGGAACAAGGUGUUCUCUGUGGACAAGUGGCAGGCUCUCUCCACUCUCCUGGAAGCCUUUGGGAAUAGCCCCACCGUCAUGAACGGCAACGCCACCCGCUUCUCCCAGAUCCUCUCCCUGGACUUUGACCAGGCCGGCCAGGUGGCCUCCGCCUCUAUUCAGACCAUGCUUCUCGAAAAGCUGCGUGUGGCCCGACGUCCAGCCGGUGAGGCCACGUUCAAUGUCUUCUACUACCUGCUGGCCUGUGGGGAUGGUACCCUCAGGACAGAGCUCCACUUGAACCACUUGGCAGAGAACAAUGUGUUUGGGAUUGUGCCGCUGGCCAAGCCUGAGGAGAAGCAGAAGGCGGCUCAGCAGUUCAGUAAGCUCCAGAUGGCCAUGAAGGUGCUGGGCGUCUCCCCAGACGAACAGAAAGUCUGCUGGCUCAUCCUGGCUGCCAUCUACCACCUGGGGGCUGCAGGCGCCACCAAAGAAGCUGCUGAAGCUGGGCGCAGGCAGUUUGCCCGCCACGAGUGGGCCCAGAAGGCUGCGUACCUGCUGGGCUGCAGCCUGGAAGAGCUCUCCUCGGCCAUCUUCAAGCACCACCACCAGGGUGGCACCCUGCAGCGCUCCACGUCCUUCCGCCAGGGCCCCGAGGAGAGCAGCCUGGGCGAGGGCACAGGCCCCAAACUGAGUGCGCUGGAGUGCUUGGAGGGCAUGGCGUCCGGCCUCUACAGCGAGCUCUUCACGCUUCUCAUCUCCCUGGCGAACAGGGCUCUCAAGUCCAGCCAGCACUCCCUCUGCUCUGUGAUGAUUGUGGACACCCCAGGCUUCCAGAACCCUGAGCAGGGUGGGUCAGCCCGCGGGGCCUCCUUUGAGGAGCUGUGCCACAACUACGCCCAAGACCGGCUGCAGAGGCUCUUCCACGAGCGGACCUUCGUUCAGGAGUUGGAAAGAUACAAGGAGGAGAACAUCGAGCUGGCGUUUGAUGACUUGGAGCCGGCCACGGAUGACUCUGUAGCCGCUGUGGACCAGGCAUCCCAUCAGUCCCUGGUCCGCUCGCUGGCCCGCACGGAUGAGGCGAGGGGCCUGCUGUGGCUGCUGGAAGAGGAGGCACUGGUCCCAGGGGCCACAGAGGACACCCUCCUGCAGCGCCUGUUUUCCUACUAUGGCCCGCAGGAAGGUGACAAGAAAGGCCAGAGCCCCCUCCUCCGCAGCAGCAAAUCGCACCAUUUCCUCCUGGGCCACAGCCACGGCACCAACUGGGUGGAGUACAACACAGCGGGCUGGCUGAGCUACACCAAGCAGAACCCGGCCGCCCAGAACGCCCCCCGGCUCCUACAGGACUCCCAGAAAAAAAUUAUCAGCAACCUGUUUCUGGGCCGGGCGGGCGGCGCCACGGUGCUCUCAGGCUCCAUCGCAGGCCUGGAGGGCGGCUCGCAGCUGGCGCUGCGCCGGGCCACCAGCAUGCGGAAGACCUUCACCACGGGGAUGGCGGCGGUCAAGAAGAAGUCCCUGUGCAUCCAGAUUAAGCUGCAGGUGGACGCCCUUAUUGACACCGUGAAGAAGUCCAAACUGCAUUUCGUGCACUGCUUCCUGCCAGUGGCGGAGGGCUGGGCCGGGGAGCCCCGCUCCGCCGCCUCCCGCAGAGUCAGCAGCAGCAGCGAGCUGGACCUGCCCCCUGGAGAGCACUGCGAGGCCGGUGGCCUCCUGCCGCUGGACGUGCCGCUGCUACGGGCCCAGCUCCGGGGCUCCCGCCUGCUCGACGCCAUGCGCAUGUACCGCCAAGGUUACCCUGACCACAUGGUGUUUUCCGAGUUCCGCCGCCGCUUUGAUGUCCUGGCCCCGCACCUGACCAAGAAGCACGGGCGCAACUACAUCGUGGUGGACGAAAGGCGGGCGGUGGAGGAGCUGCUAGAGUCCUUGGACCUGGAGAAGAGCAGCUGCUGCAUGGGCCUGAGCCGGGUGUUUUUCCGGGCAGGCACCUUGGCACGGUUGGAGGAGCAGCGAGAUGAACAAACCAGCCGGAACUUAACCCUGUUCCAAGCAGCCUGCAGGGGCUACCUGGCCCGUCAGCACUUCAAGAAGAAGAAGAUCCAGGACCUGGCCAUUCGCUGCGUGCAGAAGAACAUCAAGAAGAACAAAGGGGUGAAGGACUGGCCCUGGUGGAAGCUCUUCACCACCGUGAGACCCCUCAUCGAGGUCCAGCUGUCGGAAGAGCAGAUCCGGAACAAAGACGAGGAGAUCCAGCAGCUGAAGAGCAAGCUCGAGAAAGUGGAGAAGGAGCGGAACGAGCUGCGGCUCAGCAGUGACCGGCUGGAGACCCGGAUCUCAGAGCUGACAUCGGAGCUGACGGAUGAACGUAACACAGGAGAGUCCGCCUCCCAGCUGUUGGACGCAGAGACCGCAGAGAGGCUCCGGGCUGAGAAGGAGAUGAAGGAGCUGCAGACCCAGUACGAUGCACUGAAGAAGAAAAUGGAGGUGAUGGAAAUGGAGGUGAUGGAGGCCCGUCUCAUCCGGGCAGCUGAGAUCAACGGGGAGGUGGCUGAUGGUGACACAGGCGGCGAGUGGCGUCUGAAGUAUGAGCGAGCCGUGCGGGAGGUGGACUUCACCAAGAAACGGCUCCAGCAGGAGUUUGAGGACAAGCUGGAGGUGGAGCAGCAGAGCAAGAGGCAGCUGGAGAGGCGGCUCGGGGACCUGCAGGCAGAUAGUGAUGAGAGCCAGCGGACCCUGCAGCAGCUCAAGAAGAAGUGCCAGCGGCUGACGGCCGAGCUUCAGGACACCAGGCUGCACCUGGAGGGCCAGCAGGUCCGCAACCACGAGCUGGAGAAGAAGCAGCGGAGGUUCGACAGCGAACUCUCACAGGCACACGAGGAGGCUCAGCGAGAGAAGCUGCAGCGGGAGAAACUACAGCGGGAGAAGGACAUGCUCCUCGCCGAGGCCUUUAGCCUGAAGCAGCAAAUGGAGGAAAAAGACAUGGACAUCGCAGGAUUCACCCAGAAGGUUGUGUCACUGGAGGCCGAGCUCCAGGACAUUUCUUCCCAAGAGUCCAAGGAUGAAGCCUCUUUGGCCAAGGUCAAGAAGCAGCUCCGAGACCUGGAAGCCAAGGUCAAGGAUCAGGAGGAGGAGCUGGACGAGCAGGCAGGGACCAUCCAGAUGCUGGAGCAGGCCAAGCUGCGACUCGAGAUGGAGAUGGAGCGGAUGAGGCAGACCCAUUCCAAGGAGAUGGAGAGUCGGGAUGAGGAGGUGGAGGAGGCCCGGCAGUCGUGUCAGAAGAAGUUAAAGCAAAUGGAAGUACAACUUGAGGAAGAGUACGAGGACAAGCAGAAGGUGCUGCGGGAGAAGCGGGAGCUGGAGAGCAAGCUGGCCACACUCAGUGACCAGGUGAACCAGCGGGACUUCGAGUCAGAGAAACGGCUCCGGAAAGACCUGAAGCGCACCAAGGCCCUGCUGGCAGACGCCCAGAUCAUGCUGGAUCACCUGAAGAACAACGCACCCAGCAAGAGAGAGAUCGCCCAGCUGAAGAACCAGUUGGAGGAGUCAGAGUUCACUUGUGCAGCGGCCGUGAAAGCGCGGAAAGCGAUGGAGGUGGAGAUCGAAGACCUGCACUUGCAGAUCGACGACAUCGCCAAGGCCAAGACAGCGCUGGAGGAGCAGCUGAGCCGCCUUCAGCGUGAGAAGAAUGAGAUCCAGAACCGGCUGGAGGAGGAUCAGGAGGACAUGAACGAGCUGAUGAAGAAGCACAAGGCGGCCGUGGCUCAGGCCUCCCGGGACCUGGCCCAGAUGAAUGAUCUCCAAGCUCAGCUAGAAGAAGCCAACAAAGAGAAGCAAGAGCUGCAGGAGAAGCUACAAGCCCUCCAGAGCCAAAUGGAGUUCCUGGAGCAGUCCAUGGUGGACAAGUCCCUGGUGAGCAGGCAGGAAGCUAAGAUCCGGGAGCUGGAGACACGCCUGGAGUUUGAAAGGACCCAAGUGAAGCGGCUGGAGAGCCUGGCCAGCCGGCUCAAGGAGAACAUGGAGAAGCUGACUGAGGAACGGGAUCAGCGCGUGGCGGCUGAGAACCGGGAGAAGGAGCAAAACAAGAGGCUGCAGCGGCAGCUCCGGGACACCAAGGAAGAGAUGGGCGAGCUCGCCAGGAAGGAGGCCGAGGCGAGCCGCAAGAAGCAUGAGCUGGAAAUGGAUCUGGAGAGUCUGGAAGCUGCUAACCAGAGCCUGCAGGCUGAUCUGAAACUAGCGUUCAAGCGCAUCGGGGACCUGCAGGCCGCCAUUGAGGAUGAGAUGGAGAGCGACGAGAAUGAGGACCUCAUCAACAGUUUGCAGGACAUGGUGACAAAGUAUCAGAAAAGAAAGAAUAAACCCGAGGGGGACUCAGACGUGGACUCGGAGCUGGAGGACCGGGUCGACGGAGUCAAGUCAUGGCUGUCAAAAAACAAGGGGCCUUCCAAGGCGGCUUCUGACGAUGGCAGCUUGAAGAGUUCCAGCCCCACCAGCUACUGGAAGUCCCUUGCCCCUGACCGUUCAGACGAUGAGCAUGACCUUCUCGACGGCACCUCCAGGGCCCGAUACUCCCACAACUAUCUGAGUGACAGUGACACAGAGGCCAAGCAAACAGAAACCAACGCAUAGCCCAGGGGAGUGGUGUGGACCCCUCCCACCCACCGCCUGCUGCCACGGGCGCCUCUCUCGUGGGGCACGGGUCUCCCCCAUCUGACUGCGGAUCUGCACGGGACACCCGCGACCCUCCUCGGUCUGGGGGCUUCCCAGGCUGGGGGUAUCUGACAUCUCCACGUGGAAGAGUGGAGGGAAGAGCAAUUCUGAAAAGAGAACUUUCUGCUCCUGCCUUGGGCCACCGUGGGUGGCAGGUGGCUUGGCACCACACGGAGCCAGCAGGUUGACCUCCAUGUCAGCGCCCCGCUCAGGGACGGUGGACAGAUUGCCUACUGGGACAUUCUCGGGUUGCUGGGUCCAUGGGGUGGAGUCUGGGGCAGGAAACAGCAAUUCCUUCCCCCUUGGCUUGGGGCGAGGGCUUUCUCUUCUCAGUGCCUGCUGUCUAUUUACUUUUUUUAAUUUAAACACCCAACCUCUCCAUCGCAGCUGUAUCCCUGAGAGUGGGAGGGGGGCUGCCGUGGCAGCUGGCCCGUCUCCCCGCACCGGGAAUGACUAGAGGAAUCUCCGCUUCAUCUUCACUCUUCAGAGAGCAGGCCUUUCUCUGUGCAGCUGGAGAGACUGGUGAGCAGAGCUGGGUCCAGCUUCUUAAGAGUCCGAGUGGGGAGGGACUCUCAGGUGCUUCUGGGUUCAAGCUGAGCAAGCCUACACAGACAGGGGUGUGGAUGUACCAUCAGGAACUUCCAGCCCCCACCCCUCUUUGUCUUAUUCGUGUGUUAUGUGCAAUGACCUAUUUAAGAGUAAACCCGCUCCACCUACGCCAAUUCGGUGCUUAUCCAAGCACUGCCUCCCUCCCCCUCAGUCCAAGUUGCCUGGAUCACAAGCUCAACUUGAGAGGGAAGGCCUUGGGUGGAGGGCUUGUGUCUGGAGAAACUGAAGAUGGAGGCUUUGGUCAGUACUAAUAUGUAUCAGACACAAGUCCUCACCCUGAGACCUGAGCCUGAGUCAUUUUUCUUCUUCUAAUCACCCUGCCCACACACAUUUAUCCAAGACAUGACAACAUGGGGACUGACAGUCCCAGUCCCACCCCCACUGCAAAAGAUCAUCCCACCAAUACCUCCAGGCUUGGGGGCCCAAGGGCAGUGCCUGGUGCCGCUCCCAUCUGCUGUCCCCCUCUUCUCUCCUGCAAUUGGUUUGUACUCAUUGGGCUGUGCUCUCCUCCCCGUUUACCUGAUGUAUGGAAAUAAACGUCCUUUUUCUCCUGGC